CGCGAUCCUUCAUUCGUUGAAGUGGAAGCCGCCACAGUUUUGCGGGUCAAACUGAAAGACCCAACUCAUAUAGCCAAACAAACAAUCUUCAACACUCGUACCUUCCUAUCUAAGUUGUUGUUUGUCGCUCAUAAUGCUUCGUAACAUGUUCCUGUUUUUGUUUUUGUUUUUGUUGUUGUUGGCCUGGGUCGACUCGCACGAGGAGUCAGGUCCAUGGACCUGCGAUUCCAACUCGGAGAUCCGAGUCGAGGCCGAGUUCAAACCCGGAGUUAUUACACUCGACGGCCAUGCCGACGAUUGGAAAGGCAUUGAUGGGUCCCACUUUCCCCUUCUCCCAGCACUCGACCCUGAUGUUGAAAAUGAAUUCAAAGGUGGAGCCAUGUCCCUUAAGACUCUGCAUGAUGGUCGCGAUAUUUUCUUUCUGCUUCAAGUUGAUGGUGAUUAUGCGUACUCUAAAGGCGAAAGCAACAAAUGUCCAUCUAUUGCUCUCAUGUUUCAAAUUGGGGAUAGUGCCUCUUAUCAUAAUAUGGGUGGCUGUGAAGAACAUUCAACCUCAUGCACAAACAAGACCUGCAAAGGUCAUGAAGUCGACAUUAUGCACUUUUCAAUUGGAAAUGCUAUUCCAGGACGGCUUUAUGGUGGGAAUCCCCUAGACAAUAGCAAUGGAAAUGGAGGUGACAGGUUUGGCCACUUGGUUGAUCUUUAUGCCUGGAAUCCACACUGCAGAUACUUGGAUGGAACUGGUCCUUCAGGUUCCGCUAAUGAUUCUAGUGCGCAAAAUGACUGGAAGGGUGCUUGGUGGCAUAGCAGCUUUGAAGUCCACUCAGGUUUCGUAGAGGAUGAGAGUCCAUAUUCGGAAAAUGGAAAAAAGGGAACAUACUUUUUUGAAUUCUCUAGGCCUUUGAGGACUAUGGAUCAUCUUCAACAGGAUGUGCAAUUUUCCAUUGGCGGAUCCAGUAAGAUGUCUGUUGCAUUCUGGUAUCCAGUAGAUGGUCAGCCAUGGCAUGGUUCUGGACACUACUCUGUUAACUGUGAUUGGGUUCCCAUUGAUAUAUCUUUGGGAAGUUCUUUGAGUGGCAAGUCAGGAGACACAGCAUCAAGUAGCUCAUGGAAUGUUGCAAGUGCCUUUUCUCUUAUACUAUCAGUAGCAGCACUUUGUGUGUCUGUGUUUGUGAGCUAUCGGGUUUUCAGUCCCAAGGGUAUUCCCUUUACACCGAUGGAGAACCUUUAACUAUUGCACCAACAGCUUGAGUUUGGGAUUGUACUAUUCAUUACGUUUGUACUAGAUGGGUUUGUACUGUUUAGUGCUUUCUCUUUCACUAUUUUUUUAAUGUAACUGAAGCAUUACUUUAGUUAUUUUAGGCAAUGGUCUGAAAAGUCUUAAUUCAUUAUCAGCUUUUUGGAUUUCCAUCUUGUGCUUUGUUGUUGCAGUAGCAGGACCGUUCACUUUUCAGCUUAUAUUAAGUUCAAAAUGGA